GGUUCUCUUCAGAAGAACCACGAAUGUUCAUCUCAUUUUUAUCGCUUCAAGAUUCCUUCAAAAAAGUGCGCGAGAUUUCAGUCUCGUUUUCUGGAAAUUGAGGGAUGUUCCUGCACAGGCCACAAAGCGCGGCGACGAGACACGAGACUGAGCUGAUAAAGAAGGCCCAACGGGCCAUACACACGGUCACGGAUUCCAUAGAGAAACUUCGCCUCCUCUGCCUGGCCAGAGGUGCCAACGGCAUCAUUGGGCUGGGUAGAGCGUUCCGUCGCAUGGACGAGGAUGGUAACAAGAAAUUGAAUUUGGAAGAAUUCAUCCUGGGUAUGCACGAGACUGGCCUGGAGAUAUCGGACGAGGAGAUACAGGAGAUCUUCAACAGAUUCGACACGGACAACGACGGAAGCGUCAGCGUCGACGAGUUCAUCGUUGCUAUACGACCUCCUAUGUCUCAAAGCCGUAAGAACGUCGUGGAUCAAGCGUUCAAGAAAUUGGACAAGACUGGAGACGGAGUGAUCACGACCGAUGAUCUAAGAGGUGUUUACAAUGUUAAGUCCCACCCAAGGUACAUGAGCGGGGAGGAGAGCGAGGAGAGCAUUUUGAACAAAUUCCUGGCGAACUUUGAGCAGCACGACACGACAGAUGGCACUGUGACAGAGGAGGAGUUCAUGAAUUAUUACAGUGCAAUCAGCGCCAGCAUCGAUCAUGACGCAUAUUUUGACUUGAUGAUGCGAAAUGCGUACAAGCUGUAAACGCAGCGCACGGUUCUAAGAUAAGUUAUCGUUCGGCCAGUUCGUUCCACUGUAUUUCCCAUAUGGCUAUUGCUGUUAAUCUCUGAUCAUGUUUUCUGAACCGAUGCCAAGCUUUCACGGUUAAUGUCAACGUUUAAACAAUUCAUCGUGGUUUCUCGAAGGUCGGUUAUAACGCCAGACAGUUGUUCACGCAGUUACUAGUAGCGCCUGCUGAAAAAUUCAUUUGCAAGCUAUACGUACUGCGAUCCAGCAUAAACUUCUUAUUUAACCCUUAACAUACCGAGCCUAUAAAAUAAAAUAAAAAUAUGAUAUUAGGGAAUUAUGUAUAUUGAAUAUUUUUAAUUUUUUAACAAGUUUAACGAGGACCCCAUGGUAUUUUUAAAAUUUUUCAACAUUUUAGUGUGGAAGGUUACUCAAAUUAGGUUCUUUGGAUGUGGAAUAAUAUAUUUAACUUAAAUAAGCAUUGUUGGCCGCGGCAAACGCGUUUUUCUAGGCCUGAAGACAGUAGCUCCCUUUUAUUUCUAAGUCAAGAGAACCGCCUGGUCAUAAAUGGGCGGGCCCGCGUUCACCACAUUAUCAUGCCAUAAAUGCCAAUGCAUCCAACAAGAAAUAAAUCAAUCCAAAUAUGUAACGCAGUAUACCAACCGGGGCUCUGCCGGAACCCCAAGUGUGUUUUUAUAUUUUUGAGCGAACGUUUUAUAGCACUAAUUGUGUAAUAUUUAUCUUAAACGGAUCCUGGACACAUAUAAAAAUGAAGAAUAAAUUUGUUGGUAUAAUUACGGCAGAAUCACCAAAAAUCACUAUCCUCAAAUCAUAUAUUGGUAUGUUAAGGGUUAACAUACGAUUACUUUAAAACUGACUAGCUGUUGCACUGAAACAUCAGUAACGUUUUUUCAAGUCGAUCCUCAAUCCCUAUUAAAACUGCUUACUAUCUGUAAAUAAAUCAAGUUAUUAUUACGUUUAAAAAAAGUAAAAUGCAUCGCAGUGGGUAUCUGUAUGAAUGGAUUUGAGUUCUUUACCUGCAAGAAGAUAGAUAUUUGAGAAUCACUGCGCCAUCCUGUUUACUUAAGCAUAUACAUACGGACGUGUGAAAUGUGUGCAUAGCAUGCAAGGACAGAAGUUGGUUACAGGGUCCAAUACAGUAAACUAACAACAUGUAUUCAUACUGUAAGAUAAUAUGCGUGUGUAUAAUACACAUAUGGAAACGAAAUACAAAAAAUCGCACUAUAAUUUCCUCGACAGUAUCGAUUACGAAUAUGUCAUUCCUACAAUGUGAUUUUUUGCACUGUAAUCGUGUAAUUCUUUAAUUCGUAACACUUUGAAUAAUGUAUUUCUAUGUAACUUCUUAUGAUGUUAAACUAUUAAAACUAAUACAAACUGAA